AUGCUCGAGAAUUUCUGGCUUUUCCUGCCACUUCUGCUCCUGGCUAUACUCACUCAUGUUGGGACCCUGGCCCUUUUGGCCAAUAAGCGCAGAACAUUACCACCCUACCGCAAAGAUGUCAAGCAAAGCAACAUGGAUGACGACCACGCCACAAGCAUGAUAACAGAUUUCGGCGUCUUGUCUGCCAUCGUCACGCUAGCCAUCCCUUUCACAGCAUACGAUGCUGCACCACUCAAUCAAGCCGGGCUACGAGCCAUGUGCUUCUUCUACGCCUGCAAAAUCCUCGAUCUCAGCUUGACGAAACGAGAUGAACCGCCCACAAGACUCAUCCGCAACGGCACCUCUCUGGAACCUGGCCCCAUGACCACGGCCUGGGACCUCACACUCUAUAGCUGGUCACUUCUAACUGAAAUGCGCUACCACAGCUUCGACAUCGCCGUCACCCAAAGAGGCCGAGCAGAAAUCCACGCCAAACCCUUCUGGUAUAAGCUGCUCUGGACAAUCGGACCACUGUUCCUCCUACCAACUGCAACAUACUACCUUCCCAUUGCCGGUCUCAAAGCCACAUGCCUACUCAUGCUUAUCCAGCAUGCUCUCGAACUAGUGCACAAGACUUUCCACUACGACCACUCGGAGCCAGAAUUCUUACUACCUUUCUCAGCGGCUACAUUGGCUGAUUUCUGGGGCACACACUGGCAAGGUGCCGCUUCGCCGUUCCUGCAAUCGCUUGCUUAUAUGCCUGUGAGGAAGUUCGGCGGCAGUAGGGCUCAGGCUGUCUUGGCUGUCUUCUGUUUGACUGGCAUUUGGCAUGGAUGGGCUGCGGCGCCGUUGUGUACGAGGCCUUGGCUGCUCGGAUUUGAGGUUUGGGUUUUGUUCGUGGGGUUUGGAGCUGGUAUAUUGGUGGAGAAGUGGCUUUGGGGGAAGAGGCAAGGUGGGAUUGUGCAGAGGCUUUGUGUUUGGAUGUAUGCUCUCGGAUUUGCGGGUGUAUGUUGGCGUACACUGGAACUGGACUCGAAGAUCGACAUCAUACGAAGCGCUUGA